CCGAUCGACAGUUUAAAACUGCUUUGCAAUCGAUUUGAAACGUGUCUUGCAAGAGAAUCUCCCGUUGCUUCUCACACCGUCCUUUUGUUUUCGGGAUUCUUGUGUCGGCGCAGUGCUUCUUCGGUAUUCACGAAAAUGAGCGAGAGGAAAACUGAAUCUCAGGAAUUUGACGAGAAAUUGAGGGCAUUGGAAAAGCAAAAAAACGCAAAGAAACUAGAGCAACACAAGAAAUCGAUGGAAGAAUCCAAGAAGAAAGUGGAGAUAUUAACAGAAAAGCUUAAGACAGAAACUUUGCAAAGUACCAGAAUUACGUCUAAAAUCUCUACUCCCAAUAAACCUAAGGAACCUAAAGCUACAGAAACAUGUCAAAUAUCCAAGACUAUAACCGAAUUGUCUAUCUCCAGCAAGCCUGACAAUUCUGAAGCUAUAGAAGAAGAAUGCCAAAUAUCCAAAACAAAACAGCAACCUGAGACUUCCAAAGUAUGCCAAAAGCCUAACAUUACGUCAAAAAUUUCCACUUCCAGCAAAACUGAUCAUAAAUUUCCAGAAGUAUGCGAAAUGCCGAAGAUCACAUCCGAAACGCACGCUUCCGACAAAUCUGAGUAUCGUAAAGUUCCAGAAAUGCACAAGAUUACAUCGAAAGAGUCCACCAAGCUGGAGGCUUCUGAAAUUCCAAAAGCAAAAAUGUUCCAAAUGCCCAAGACUACGUCCGAAGGGUCCAUCGAGUUUGAGACUCCUGAAAUUCCAAAAGCUGCAAGAAUAUUCCAAAUGCCCGAAAUGCUCAAAACUACGUCCGAAGGGUCCAUCGAAAUUAAGGCUCCUGAAAUUCUGGAAGCUGCAAAGGUAUGCCAAACGCUUAAGACUACAUCUGAAGAGUCCAUCAAGCUUGAGACUCCCGAAAUUCCACAAGUUGCAAAAGUGUGCCUAAUGCCCAAGAAUAGGACCGAAGCGGACGGAGGGUUCACCCAUAUUACAAGUGAAACUUUUGAAGAUCCAAACGUUGCAGAAAUGCCCGAGAGUUCUCAGGAAGUCCAGACUACGUCCGAAUCUUUCACCUCCAACAAAACAGAGGAAGCUGAAAUGUCAAAAAAAUGUCCAACGUGCAAUACCAAAAUCGAUGAGAUAUAUGGAAAUACAGAAUCAUGCUUAAAGUGUGGUUCUAUACCGGCCAUUCCCAUAACAAGUGAUGAAACGAAGAAACUAUUAAUACAUAGCAGACCAAAACUUGUAGAUGAUGAGUCCACUACUAUAGAUGAUGAAUCCACUUCUAUAGAUGAUGAGUCCACUACUAUAGAUGACGAGCUCACUAGUACAUCCUCUAUUGUAGUUGAUGACUACAAGUUAGAUGAGAAAGAGAAGGACGAUUUAAACAAUUUCAUUAAGCUUGAAAAAAGUCAGGUUGAAGAAGGUCUUCUUAAAGAAAGUCUUCUUGAAAAAUGUCCUCUUGUAAAAGAUCUUGAAGAAGGUCUUCUCGAAGAAGAUUCUACGGAAUCAGAUGAUACUGUCAAGAUAGUAACGAUACCCGUUAUCGAAAAAGUUGAAUUAGCUCGAGACGUGGUUAAUGCACGUAAAUUCUGGCCACCUAUGUCAAGACCGAACUUCCAAGAACAUCAUUUGGUCCUGGCAACGCACCAUUUAGUGCCCUCACUGCCGAUUGGGCUCUUCGAAAUGUUUGCAGAAAUGAUCGAAGUUGUCACGAAGAAGCCAGUUGUCUUGUUGCACGAGUGCAGAAACAAUCGACCUAUCGCUACGGAAGUCGCCGAUAUAGUUAUCUUGCCCGCGGCCGAAACAUGGAAAGACGGUGUACUCUUACCCGCAAGCUUUGUUUUUGAUCAUCGUUUAAAUAAAGAUAAGUCAGCCAGCGUGUACGCCGAUGUAAUCGUCACAAAGGAUCGUGCUCCGCAUAUUCAAAAUAUCAUGGAUUUGCGAGGAUAUAGAUGCGCUGUCUCGAAUAAUACCAUACAACACCAAUUCUCCGCCGCUGGAUUACUCCUUAAUUAUUUGCACUUGAAAGGCGAAAACAUGAUAUUUUUUGGCAAUAUACUUGAGGCUAGGACGCAACUCGAAGUACUGGAAAUGGUCGCCAGUAAGCAGACGGAAGUGGGGAUUCUGGACUCAAUGACGAUAAAAUGUAACAAGUACAACGUACCCGGUGUGGAUUCUCUUCACAUCCUCACCAGCCUGGGACCUUUGCCGCCCUACCGCAUUAUGAUAAAAAAUACACUAGAGAAUCAACUGGUCGAAAAACUUACAGCCUAUCUAUUAAACAUAGAUAAAAAUGAGGAAUGGCUGGAGAGACUGUUGCCCUAUGGCGUCAUAGGUUUUGCCAAGAACUCUAUGGAUUACUACAAUCUGGCUGAUAAAAAGUGCGUAGACACUAAUGUGCCCUACUAUUAAAAUUAUUUUACAUUAUUUAUUCUUUACUUCUGUCUUUUAUCGUUUUAUACAUAUAUACAUUUAUAAAUGAAUUCUCUUUUUUGCUUGAAUAUAACAUGUGGUAUUUUAUUAAAUUUAAAUAAAUAUAAUUCACAAAUUUAUUCU